CUUGCUGCAGGAUCUGCCCUAGGCGUGCAGGGGGCAGAGGAGCUGUCCUGGAUCGGGGAAGGAUCCCCUUGCUGUUCCCUGAGGCCUAGAGCUGGCCCUUUAGGCUCGGUCACACAUGGAGGGGCGCAAAGGCCGUUUCCCGCCCAUGGCGCCCGCCGCCAUUUUGUGUCUCAGUCCCCUCCCGGUCCCCUUCCCCUCCCUGCCUCCUGUUUCCCUCUCGGCAGCCGGCGGGGCCGUGAAGAGGGUCUGAUCCUGGGUGGUGCUGAGCAGGUGCUAAGUGCAGCUUCCCUCCGCUGAUGCCGGGAGCUUAACUCGUGCCUCUGAGGAGAGGAUAAACGACCGAUAAAUGGCUUAUUACAGUUCAACCCGGGACUUUGUUGCACUUUCAGAUCUGCAUCCAAAUCUUGCUCGUCCUAAUGUAAUCGGUGUGGUUAUUGGGAAAACAGAUGUCAGAGGCUUUCCAGACAGAAGAAACAUCGGGUCUGAAAGAUACACCUUCGGUUUCACUAUUCGUGAUUCACCAACUUAUUUUAUAAAUGUUAGUUCUUGGGGCAGAGAAGAAUACAUUAGAUUGCUUUCAGAAAGCUUUAGAGUUGGUGACUGUGUUACAAUUGAAAAUCCUUUAGUCCAGUCAAAGGAAGGAGAAAGGGAAGAAAAAUUCAACCCUGCAACUCCCAGUUGCUACAAAUUGCUGCUCAGUGAAAAUCAUUCAAUGGUGAAAAUUUCUUCAUGUUACGAAAUGGACACCAAACUACUUUCUCUGUUGCAUCUACCUGUCAAGGACCCACAGGAUUAUUAUUCGCUGGGUGAUAUCGUUGCAAACGGACAAAGCCUUGAUGGAAGAAUCCUUAAUGUGCUUGCAGCUGUAAUGUCAGUUGGGGAGCCAAAGUAUUUUAUGACUUCAGACAAAAGAAAAGGUCAGAGAUGUGAAGUGAAGCUGUAUGAUGAAACAGAGAUGUCUUUUCCAAUAGUAUGUUGGGAUAAUGAGUCUAUCCAGCUUGCACAAAGUUGGAUCCCACGAAAAACAGUAAUAUUUGCAGCAGAUGUGAGAAUAAAUUUUGACAAAUUUAGGAAUUGUAUGACUGCAACUGUGAUAUCAAAGACCAUUAUUACAACUAAUCCAGAAACUGCAGAAGCAAAUGUUCUCUUCAGCUUCAUAAAAGAGAGUGCACAAUCAGGAGCUUUGCAUGAUAAAAUGGAGGAGCAAUCAAAAGAAUCCAUUAACUUGGAGACUAUAGUUAACGUUUAUACUGUGAAGCAGCUGAAAGAAAAAGCUUUACAGAGCGAUGGGAAACUUGAACCAGUCUUUGGCAUUAUUUAUGGCUACAUUUCUACAUUGGACAUUGAUGAUAAUGUAUCUAAAGUUAUUCGGAACAGAUGUUCAAUAUGCCGUUUUGUGGUGAAUGAAAUGUCAAACACAUGCACUUUCUGUGGUGACAUCUCUUCAAAUUCAGAGUCAACUUUUGUGAGCUUUGACAUCCUCGUUAAUCUGACAGACCAUACAGGCACUCUUGACUCUUGUUACCUGUCUGACUGCGUAGCUGAGGAAACAUUAGGCUGCACUGUUCAUGAGUUCCUCACCCUAACAGAAGACAAGAAGACUGCGUUGAAAUGGCAACUUCUUCUGGAACGAAGCAAGAUUUAUUUUAAAAUCACUUUGUCACCCAGUUGGAGAACUGGUCUGAAGGUGAAUAUACUUUCAUGCAAACUGGCAGACCCUACAGAGGCAAGUCAGAGCUUGUUGGGAAAAAGAAAGAGAUGAAACCAUGUGGACUGGUAACAGCUGGGAAAAGACCAUUUCCUCACUGCAUUAUUAGAGGUAGAAGGUUGUUGUGGUAUUUUGCUACGUAUGUUCUGAUGGUAGAGAAGGAAUAUGCAUUACUAAUUGUUUUAAGUGGUCUUCUGUGGUGUUAUUUUUUUUGAGUGAUUGUACUUUGAAAAGUAGACUAAGUCCCUGGUCAAAGAAAAGUUAGUUCUGCUGAAUUCAUCCCCUU